GGGGAUGAAGUGGUUUUCCUGCUGCAGGCGGUCUGACGGGGCUCAACCUGGCAGGAAGAAGAAGAAGAAGGACACGACAUGGAGGAUCUUCUCGCUCAAGGAGCUACAGUCCGCGACCAACAAUUUCAAUUACGACAACAAGCUUGGCGAGGGCGGAUUCGGCAGCGUCUACUGGGGCCAGCUCUGGGACGGAUCGCAGAUUGCCGUGAAAAGGCUCAAGAGCUGGAGCAACAAAGCUGAAAAGGAGUUUGCUGUUGAGGUGGAGGUUUUGGCACGAGUUAGGCACAAGAGCCUGUUGAGCUUACGUGGCUACUGCGCUGAAGGCCAGGAGCGUCUGAUAGUCUAUGACUAUAUGCAGAACCUGAGCUUGCACUCUCACCUACAUGGACAGCACGCGGCUGAAUGCCAUCUUAGUUGGGAGCGAAGAAUGAAUAUCGCUAUUGAUUCAGCAGAGGGCAUUGCUUACCUUCAUCACCAUGCGAUCCCACAUAUCAUCCAUAGAGACGUCAAGGCGAGCAAUGUUCUCUUGGACGCGAAUUUCCAAGCACGGGUCGCUGAUUUCGGUUUUGCGAAACUCAUACCAGAUGGCGCAACCCAUGUGACCACAAAGGUGAAAGGCACGCUGGGUUACCUUGCACCGGAGUAUGCCAUGCUUGGUAAGGCCAAGGAAAGCUGUGACGUCUACAGCUUCGGAGUACUGCUAUUAGAGCUUGCCAGUGGAAAGAGGCCAGUCGAGAAGAUAAACCCCACUACGAAACUGACCAUCACCGAGUGGGCACUUCCAUUCGCCCGUGAUAAGAAGUUCAAGGAAAUGGCUGAUCCGAAGCUGAGCGAUAGCUUUGAUGAGGCUGAGGUGAAGCGAAUGGUAGUUAUCGGGCUUGCUUGUACUCAAAAGACACCAGAACGAAGACCAAUAAUGUCUGAAGUUGUUGAGCUUCUCAGGGGAGAAUCUGCGGAGAAGUUCUCUGAAUUGGAGAAUGGUGACCUGUUCAAGCUGGAACAGACCAACUCUGGCCAGAGACAGCCAGGUUCUGGUAUCUCAGAUGCCAUUUCGGAAGAGAAGGAUUCGAAGGAGGAUGCGAUAGAGGAGGCUGUUGAGUCAAGUGAGACUGUACCAACAGCUAGGUAGUUUGAUGGACGAAGGUGGAGUCCGUCUGUGUGUGUGCGCGUGUAUGAUAAUUCCUUGUUACCCUUUCCAGAUCCAGAGAUGUAUGUGUGUAUCCGUGUAUGGUCGAUUUGCUUUGGUAUGGUACUACUAUGUUGUGCUAUGGACAGGUCCAAAAGUAAUAGAUUUAUCAUGUAUUCCUGUUGA